CGCGCCGCAGGAGCCAUGAUCCCCUCUCACGCCGCCACCAGCAGGGCCAAUGGCUUCGCCCCUCGCUACUCACCGGGACAGAACCCCCCCGCACGGGGCUCCUCUUCGGGGAACGCCGAGCUCAUACUGCUCAGAGACACGCAAGCACCGCCACCGCCAUCGCCAUCAUCAGCAGCAGCAGCACCGCCCGCCGUAUCCGACGCUCUUCUUCUCGAGUCUCGAGGUGCCGCGCUGAGUCGCGACCCCGCGGCGCCGCCGGGCAGCGCUGGGGAAGCUCCGCGAGACACGUGGGGGAGGAAGGUGGACUUCCUGCUGUCCGUCGUCGGCUUCGCCGUGGACCUGGGCAACGUGUGGCGGUUCCCUUACGUGUGCUACCAGAACGGUGGAGGAGCCUUCCUCUUCCCCUACAUGGUGAUGGUUGUGUUUGGGGGGGUCCCUCUCUUCUACAUGGAGCUGGCGCUGGGGCAGUUCCACCGAACGGGAGCCAUCUCGCUGUGGAGCAAGAUCUGCCCCCUCUUCAAAGGCGUGGGCUACGCGAUCUGCGUGAUGUCGCUCUACGUCGCCUUCUACUACAACACGGUGAUCGCCUGGGCGCUGUUCUACCUCUACUCGAGCCUCACCGCGGAGCUGCCCUGGGCGCACUGCGACAACGCCUGGAACACUCCCCACUGCUCCGACUACUUCCUGCGCGACAACUCCACGUGGGGGGCGCACUCGCGAUCGCCCGCCGAGGAGUUCUACAC